AUGGCUAGCAACAAUAUUUCGAAACCAAACUCGCCAGCAGUCCUCUCGACGCCCCCGAGCUUCAGGAGUCGCCAUGAUUCCAUCAACUCCAUAUCCACGGCUUCCCAAGCCGACAAGGACCAGUUAGCCCACACCCUCAACAGGAUCCAUACGUCAGCAAGCCAGUCCGAAUCCUUGACAACCUUCAACGAUUUCGCUCCCCUGCCAUCAUCCCUUCCGGCGACAGAAACAAAGGUCCUGACAGGAGAGUUGGUUCAGAAUGGGCUCAGCGGGCUCUACAGCCGCCUGAAGGAGGCUGUUGGCGCCGUCGGCACGAGGCAGCAGGACGUGGACGACGGCGACAGCUUCGACGCUGCCUCCAAGCGCAGCACCAGUACCACAGCCACGACCCCGAAGAUACCGAUAGCCUCGCUCGCUCGCGCUGAGACCGCAGUCACAAGCUCGUCUUUCAAUUCUGGAACGACCCACGAUGGUCCUGCGACAGUCACGUCCUCGUCGGGAGUAAACACCGUCAUGUCUGAUAGCCAGUCACACCCACCUCAGUCCUCCAAGGCGACCUCCAUUUCCGCCAUGGCAGCCUCAAAGUCUAGUGUCUCUAGCCGACAAAGUCUACCUGGUGUGGCCAAGGCCUCCGCGGUCACAGCCAUCAACCCUGAGGUUGCUCCGGCCACAACCCCGAGAAGUGUGGCACGAUUAGAGGAUGGGCCAGGCCGGUCUUCUGGGAGGAGAAGCAUUAGCAAGCAGCCUGACCCCCGACCACUAGUCAUCGGUUCCGAGAGUUCGCACAAGUUUGACGUGUUGGAGCCCAAACACGGUGGAGGCGGUGAUCGAAUCCAUACAAGCGUCAGGGCGAGGCGCGAAGACGCCGCCGUGGAUGGACCCUUGGAUAAGCCCCUGAGUCCGAUCAAGACUAAUGCACCUUCGAUCCCCAAGUUGCAUUCGGUAGAUCUACGGUCUCCGGUGUCUUCGACCGCGUCCAUGAUGCUUGUACCGAAGAGGCCGGCUGUCAUUGAUCGCAUCAGUCGUUCUAGGUCGCCAGGCUACGCUCCGUCAAGGUCCUCCUCUAUGGAGCAUGUCACCGCUGAGCCCAGUCCGAUCAGUACGACUGCCCACGACUCCGUUUACCAUGAUUCCUUUGCCCAUGAUUCUCAGCCCAAGCAUGGAAGGACUGGCGCUUUGCGGAUCCCCGGCACGACAACCAACGAGGGUGCGCCUGAUCAGGUGAACGCCAGGCUUGAUAGAAUGCGGCGACAGGUAUUGAGCAAAGAGUUCUGGAUGGCUGAUGAAACGUGCAAAGAAUGUUUCAUUUGCGGCCAACCAUUUUCGGCCUUCAGAAGGAAGCAUCAUUGCCGAACCUGCGGCUGUAUUUUCGAUUCCAAAUGCACCUCUAUCAUUCCAGCUUCGAAAUUCGGAAUGACCGGGACUCUGAGAGUCUGUAAGACUUGUUUGAAGGUCAUAAAUCAGCGUCUUUACGAAGGAAGCGGCUCUGACGACUCUGGAGACGACUCAUUUCUACCAGCCCUCUUCCGCCAGACCAAAGCAACCCCCAAGGUCACACAGGUUGAGGCCGAACCAGAGGAACCUAGCUUUGCUGACCGAAUGGAGGAUUUGGGCGACUCGAGAUCGGUUCAGACACCCAUGAUGGCGAUUCCUGCGACCCGGAGGAUAAACGAUUCCAAUCGAAACUCGGCCAUUUUGGAGAUUGACGCGCCGCAACUCAGUCGUCCGAGCUCCUCUCGGUCUUUGAGAUCACUAACGUCCGCGAACCGGCCGCAGUCGUCGGGACAUAGGCGCCAUCAUUCGAAGCAUCACAAUAACUUUAUGGCGAGGUUCAAACCAAUGCCAGACGACAGGGCCCCGUUCCGCAAGGGCAUCACUGAGGAGAUGGCCAAGAAACCAAAGUAUCCUGCGUUUCACGAUGACAAUAUCAUUGACCCUGAGUUGGCUGCCUAUAUGUCAGACGAGUCCAGCGGUGAUGAACAGAUGAGCAUAUUCGCCACCAUGUCAAACGCCGACUUGCAGCCGUCUAGCUACGACCAUGAGAAGUCGAGUUUUGGACCGUUUCUCAGUACAGGAAGAAGACAUCGCCUUGGCCGUGGAGAAAAGAGUAUUAGUGGCUUGAGCUUCACAAGCCGUGGAAUGGAUGAUAAUGCUGGUUCCGGUAGCCUCAUUGGUCACAGCCGCCCAGCAAGGAGACGCAACCUGAGCAACGUCAGCCAUCAAAUGCGUUCUCCGCGGCCCAAGUCCGGCAUCUUCAAGGGCCCGUCAGCAUCAAACGAAAACAUGUUUACCAUUGAGAAUCCAGCGAUCGAGGCUACGAAGCUGACGAGAAGCGACUCGAUGCAAGCAGACAAACAGCCACAGGUGGAGCUCAACCCGUCAAGCAUGCUGCAUGUCAAGAGACUAUUGCAUCAGUUACUCGAGGAUUCGGGCAUACCCAACGUGCCUGCCUGGGAAAAGGCUCUGGUUCCCAUCUUGCUCCAGUGCACCGAUGAUGUUACCCCUGACAUCAGAGUGGGAGACGAUAUGGACAUACGGCACUACGUUAAGCUCAAGAAAAUUCCAGGAGGCAAGCCGGGUGAUACUAGCUACGUUUCGGGUGUUAUCUUCACCAAGAAUCUCGCUCUCAAGAGCAUGCCUCGUCGCAUCCUCAACCCCCGCAUAGUUAUUGUUUCCUUUCCGAUCGAAUACCAGCGGCACCAGCAACACUUCAUGAGCCUUCAGCCAGUCAUCGAGCAGGAGAAAGAGUUUUUGCGAAUUGUCGUCAACCGCAUCAUCAAUCUGCGCCCCCAACUUCUUCUCUGCGAGAAGUCUGUUUCGGGUGUUGCGUUGCAAUAUCUAUCAGAGGCCAAUAUUGCUGUCGCCUACAACGUCAAGCCUUCAGUCAUUGAGGCGGUAUCGCGAUGUGCUGAGACCGACAUCAUAUCUUCCCUCGACAUGCUGGCCCUUCAAGUUCAAGUUGGUAGGUCCGGCGGCUUCGAAGUCAAGACCUAUGUCAACAAGAACUAUCCCGGGAAGAAGAAGACCUAUAUCUUCCUAUCCGGCUGCUCUGAGAAACUAGGGUGCACCAUUGCUCUACGUGGGGACUCGACCGAAGUUCUAUCGAAGAUGAAAAAGAUAACAGAGUUCAUGGUCUACGUCGUUUACAACUUGAAGUUGGAGACGUGUUUGAUGAGAGACGAGUACAUUCAAUUACCCGCCGAACCUGAGGAAUCCUCAUCGCUGGCAUCGUCCCUUCGCCAGCACCCAGAAGACGCGCCUCGCUCUCUCACAGCGUCAACCGAAAUAGGGAAGAAUGGGCCGCAGGUCACCAAGACCUCGCCCACCGACUCCGAGCUCCCUUCCCAAACAAGUGAUGGCACAUCUUUGGUCACUGCUGAAGGUACUGUGUCAUCCGAUCAGACCGAGGAACCGGCCACAGAGGAUAGACCCGCUCUUGUAUCCCUUCACGCAUCUCAUGUUCCGCCCACGUCUCCCGAGUCUCAAGUGCCAGAAGACGUACCAAUGCCGACGUACUACAGCGAUAUGGUAGCAAGGUACGAGACAAAGAUUCUGUCGGCGUCUCCAUUCGUCAAGUUCGCUCAGCCCUACUUGCUCAUGAAGGCUCGAGAGCAGGAGCGGAGACUCGUUUACUUGAAGCGCUUGCGAGACCAGGACGUGGUAGAAGAGCAAAUUGACGCCGAAAAGUCCAAGUCGCAGAAGUUCCAGCUCAUCAAGCCUGAAAUGGUUCACGCCAUCGGGCAGAAGGCACCACGGCAGGUUAUGGAAAUCUUACACGCCGUCCACGAUGCCGAGUAUGACAAGGCCUUGUACAACUACCAGACGCAAACAAGGCAGUGGGAGAACUACAUUCAGGGCAAUCUCGACCUCUUCGAUCCCUAUUCUCAUCAGAACAUUGUCGUACUAUACUCGGUCAUCUGUACCGAGACAAAGAUCCCUUGCUCCGAACCAGGACUGAUUGCAAUCGCGUUCUACGACGAACAUGUCGACGAAAGCGGCAGCAUGGACCCAGACUGCACUCUCGGUCAGUACAUCGAAGACCUCUGCAUUAGCAAGGACUCUAUCUGUACCUCCAACGGGUGCGACCGAAAGAUGACGGAACACCAUCGCACCUACGUACACGAUGAGUCGCGAGUCACCAUAUUCGUAGAGCCAGCAGCUAAAAGGCGCAAUUUGGACGGCAUCACUAUGUGGAGCUACUGCAAAACGUGCAAAAAGGACUCUCCUGAGAUGGGCAUGUCCGACAGUACCUGGAAGUACUCUUUCGGCAAAUACCUCGAGCUGCUCUUUUGGAGCAGGGGCCUGCGACUCCAUGAAAUUACUGGUUGCCCCCAUGACCACCACCGCGACCACAUUCGCUACUUUCACUACCGCGAUACCUGGGUGAGGAUCCACUACGAUCCUAUUGACCUCCUCGAAAUCAUUGUUCCAAGAGCUCGGAUCACGUGGAAGGUCGAGAACGACCUCAAGCUCAAGAACGAGAUUUUCAACAAAAUUGAGGAACGUUGGGCUCGCUUCAUCAACUCUGUCAAACUCAGACUCAAGAGCAUACGCAUUGACAGUGUCUUGCCCGAAAAGGCCGAUGCGUGUAAAGCCGAAGUUGACAGACUUGCCAAAAAGGCGCAGGACGAUCAAGUUGCUUUGAUACGCAGACUUCAGGAAACCUACGUUAACUCCAAGUACUAUGAGGUUAUCCCGUUCAAUGCUAUUGUUAGGGAGAUGCUGGAAAAGGCUGGUGACUGGGACGCCUCGUUUACCAAAUUCGAGACCGACUUCCUCCCCGAUAAGGACUUGCGUCAGUUGACAAUGAUUCAACUCAAGAAGAUUUUCACCGACAACGAGUCGAGAGAGUCUCUGCCCUCAACAGAUGGCAACUCAACCGUGGAUUCCGGAGAGCCUCCUUCCCAAACUUUCUCUGAUGCAGACGAGAAGGUUUCCACCCAACCUACGGAUCCAACUGAAGCGAAUCCGGAUGGCGUUGCAGGGCCACUCGAGGGUGAGCAAGAAAAGCAGGAAGAGCCCGAGCGAGAGGGGCCGAACGAAGAAGAACCUCUCCCAGCGUCAGAUCCUGAAAAGGAACUAGAACAAGCCGAAACGAAGGAUGAACUAGUUAGCGGAGAAGCACUAGAGUCGUCCUCCUCGGAAGCUAGCAAGAUUAGCACUCCAGCCGAUGCUGUGCUGGAAAGGGUAGAACCCCUAGACUUGGCCUCCUCCAGCUCACCGAAAGCUAAAGGGCUCUUUUCCUUUGCUCCUAUCGAUGAGACCGGAGAGACGUCAGCAACAACGGCCAAUGCCGAGUCGACACCUGCCCUUGCGGCCAGGCCUCCGCUCACCACAGCAUCAACCAAUAUUUCACUCUCCGAGAAGGUCGAGCAGCUUCGUCGUGAACAUCAGGUUAUGGGUGCCGAAACGUCACAAGCUGGCGAGCCAUAUGAGGCAACAAAAGCGAACCCGGAACGAUCUUUGGCUCGUAGGGCUCCGAUGAUAAGAACUCUGUCGCAACCUGCCCAGACGCUACCAAGGUCCCAGUCGAGCUUUUCCAAAUCAAUCGUGGCGAAGGACACCAUAGGAGCCACCGAGACCUUGGGUGAAACAUCAUUUAAGGUGGACAAGAAACCGUUCGACCGACUGGCGUUGGGAAUGAAAAGCCAUAGAAAAGCUGGUCCCUCUUCAAUUCCUCGGCUUAUCACCAAGAAGAAAGACACACACGUGUCGUCCCAGGUCUCUAGGAUUGCCCGUCAUUUUGAACAGUUGAGCCGCGAGUUCGAGAAGGAAAGACAACGGGAAGACCGCAGGAAGCGCCUUGCCAAGGGCCAUCAACCUCGUGCAGGUUUACCACGCUCAGCCACCAAGGCUAUUGUUGAGGUCUACCACAACAUUGACAAUGCCGUACAAGAACCUGGACCAUCGAACACAGAUCACAACAGUGAGAUCAAAAUCCUCGAAUCCAAGACAGCGCCAGUCACCCCAGCGGCUCCAGGAACUGUGCAAACGGAACCCGACAUGAUGCCAUCGAGCGAAGAGCUUCACCCUGCACCAGAAGCUCCUCCUCCAGCAGAAGAGCACCAGGUCGGCGGGGAGACAGAUGAUACUGCAACUGUCACUGCUAGCCACGGCGGAUCCGAUGACGAAGGGCAGAGCGACACUGAACAGUCCAUUCUGGAUGAUCUGUUGCCUGACGUUAAGGAGCUGGCUGACUCUCUCGAACCCAGCACGGAGAUUCCUCUAGAACUGCCGAAGCAUCAGAAAACUAGCCUGAUGAAGAUGCUCACUAACUUCUGGGCUGAACGAUCUGCCAGUGGCUGGCCUCAACUGGACUACCCAGUCAACGCAAGCGAUCACAUAUUCCUCGAUUCCGAUGUGAUUGUGAGGGAGGACGAACCUAGUUCUGUCAUUGCGUUUGCCCUGAGUUCCGAUGACUACCGCACGAAGCUGGCUGAUAUUCGACGCCAAGAGCGAAUGGCGAUGCAAAAGGAUCAUGAGGCCAACUUCGACGGCAAAUCGUCAGGAAUGUCCGAUACUGGCGGCGAGUUCGUGAUGGAAGAGGGCGAGCUGGAGAAGAGCCUUCUCAGAGCAACUGGCACACAUUUGAAAUACCAGUUCAAAGAGGGAUCUGCAACCAUGCUCUGCAAGAUUUUCUAUGCUGAACAGUUUGACGCGCUGCGUCGCAAAUGCGGUGUGGCAGAUCGCAUAGUUGAGUCUCUUUCUCGCUGUUUGAAAUGGGACUCCAAGGGCGGCAAGACAAAGUCGGUCUUCCUCAAGACUCUCGACGACCGCCUGGUUCUAAAGGGAUUGUCACCCAUUGAGACGUCGGCUUUCCUCCGAUUUGCACCAGCUUACUUUAGCAUUAUGGCCGAGGCUUUGUUCCAUGACCUGCCUUCCGUCAUUGCGAAGAUGCUGGGUUUCUUCCAGCUAAUCAUCAAGAACCCAGUCACGGGCGUCGAGAUCAAGUUGGAUUUGCUGCUCAUGGAGAACCUGUUUUAUGAUCGUGGUCCGACUCGACUUUUUGACCUCAAGGGUUCCAUGCGCAAUCGCAAGAUUCAAUCCACUGGUGAGCAGAACGAGGUUCUUCUAGAUGAGAACAUGGUGGAGUUCAUUUACGAAUCGCCAUUAUUUGCGCGUGAGCACUCCAAGAAGCUCCUGAGAGCCUCCGUCUGGAACGAUACUUUGUUCCUCGCAAGACAAAACGUCAUGGACUACUCAUUGAUGAUUGCAGUAGACGAGGCCAGGAAGGAGCUGGUCGUCGGCAUCAUUGACUGUAUCCGGACGUACACAUGGGACAAGAAACUCGAGAGUUGGAUCAAGGAUCGUGGGUUCGCUGGCGGUGGCAGAAACCGUCCCACCGUGACGAGUCCGAAAGAGUACAAAUCUCGUUUCCGGGAGGCGAUGGCCAGAUAUAUCCUCCAGGCGCCAAAUUGCUGGCAUCAGUUCGGUGUGCCUCAACUUAACAACACCAUGAGGCCACGGUUCGAAUCAGAAGCCAAUACCGAGAUAUAA